CGGACAGUGCCACAGGAGCCCGGCACCAGGGUUCAUAGAGCUUCGCCCGGGUCGUCGCGACGCCGAGCACUCCCCCUGAAAUCUCGUUACGCUCGCGAGAGACUCAAGCAAUUAAGUUGCCGUUCGCCGCGAAAUCAGUACGCUCUCUCUCUUUCUCUCUCUCUCUCUCUAUGGUGAAGGGAAGUGCGAAAAAAUAAUAAUAAUAAAAAACCGAGUAAAAAAAAAUAACGCGCGCGUUAUCAAAAAAAAAUUUGAAAAUAAAUUUUUUUUUUUUAAUAAAUUUUUUUUUUCCCCCUCUCCUUCUUUAUUGUCAACCAAAAUAAUAAAUAAGUAAUAAAAAAAAAAGGAUAGACAAAAUACUGAAGAGAAACAAGAGAAGAAGAAAAAAAACAAGUCGCGAUUAUGUGACCGGUUAAGAAGCCGGAACGUGAUCGCGAGCACAUGUUCCGGGAUGCACGAGGUCCCGUCCAACAAAAAAAAAAAAACGAGAGAAAUAAAAGUAACCUACAAAAUUAUUAUAUAAAUAAAAGGAAAUAAUUAUGAAAAAAAUUAAAGAAAGGGUGUGAUUUAACAAUAUACAUAUAUAUCUAUAUUGAAAUGUCAUCCUUGUCCAACACGUCGUCGUGGUCGACCUUCUCACCAUGAGGACAUCCUCUUUUAUCAACUACUACGUUCUGUGCCUCGUUUUCUGGAUACUUUUGGGCAUAUCUGGAGUGAGUACGAGAUCGCAUUCUAAAGUAAAAAGAAUGUCGGGACUCUACACAGGGCCUUAUUUUGACUCAAGCAGUGCAACAAACAUAACAGCACAAUUGGGCACACGUGCCUUUCUACCCUGCAGAGUUCGUCAACUAGGCAAUAAAUCCGUAUCGUGGGUGAGGAAAAAGGAUUCUCACAUUCUAUCAGUGGAUAGAGCAAUGUUCAUCGCUGACGAUAGGUUUCAGUCGAUAUUCGUGGAAAAUGCGGACACAUGGAAACUUCUAAUAAAAUACGUCCAAGCAAAAGACGAGGGCGAAUACGAAUGUCAAAUUUCAACGGAACCAAAAAUGAGUCACAUCAUCAAGCUGAAUGUCGUUGUGCCAAAAGUCGAAAUCGAAACAACAGAAAAAUUAAAGGGAGAUUUAUUUGUGAAAAGUGGAAGUACAGUAACACUGCGAUGUGUUAUAAAACAAUCUCUCGAAGAUCCCAGCUUUGUACUUUGGUUUCAUAAAGGCGAACGAUUGCUAAACUAUGACGGUGGAGAUAAAGUGCAAAUUUUAAAGAAACAUGUCGAUGGCAUUACAGACUAUAUCAGCAAUCUUAUUAUACCCGAUACAAAAAAGCAGGACUCAGGAAACUACACUUGCACUCCAAAUAAUUUGGGUAGCGCCAGUGUUAUGCUCCACGUGCUGAAUGGAGAACAUCCAGCAGCAAUUCAACGUGGAAAAAGCUCAAUUCCCGGUUGUUGUGAAGUACUCUGGUGGUUGGCGGGAGGAGUGACAUUAUCUCAAAAUAACAGUAAUCGACUUUUAAUUUUUGUGCUCACGGCAAUGAUGGUAGUUCUUACCCAAAGUUUUUUACCCUAUCCUGCAAGUGCAGUGCCACGAUAAUCAAGAAGCUUAAAAAAAAAAAAAAAAAAAAAAAAUGCAAAUGAUAACUAUAUAUAUAUAUGAACAAUUUAUCAUCUACAAUCGAAAUCUCUCGACGUAACUCGAGUGAAAACUCGCGCAGGAGUUUUAAAAGUUGAAAAAAAAAAACUUUAAAAAAAAUAAAACAUGAUUCUUUUUCACGGACUACGGUAUUCAUGAGACUGGAAAUCACGUACUCGAAUGUAUCGUGUAACCUAGGACGAAACGCCUAAAAACUUUGGCGACAAUUAAUCAUAAAAAAAAAAAAAACGAUGAUGAUGUGAAUGAGGAAUACAAAUGAUACGUCUAGAUAUAUAUAUAAAGUAUAUGAAAAAAAAGAGAUAAAUGUAAGAGGGAAAGAAAUAAAAGGCGUAUACUACGAACAAAAAAAAAAAAAAAAAAGGGGUACCCUACUUCUGCCAUAUAUUUACAAA